CGAAGCCAAAGUCACCUUACAAAUAACGGAUACGUACUACGUGCGCCUAGUCAAAGCUGCAUGAAGGGCGUGUCGGUCCCUGCGGCUUUAAGUGUGUCUAGAUUGGUGUCCUUUCAUCUGUGGGCUGGGUCACCAGCCUCUGACUCACCCACUACUGGCCAAAUGACAGGAAUUCUACACCACCCCCAAACUCUUUCCACUCUUGUGGUGGUUGCUGGGAAAGCCCUACCAAAGACAAGCGGAAGGUUCACGAAAGGAGAACCUAGAUAGGAGCCCAGACUUGAAACUUGUUUCUUAGGAGUCGCACUCAGCAUUCCUGACACCAGGCUGGGGGACAGCCACCUCUUCCAAGGAACAAGAAAACUUGUUUCUUUUGGCUCAGAUGAUUCAGCCCAGCAGCCUUGCUAGCUCCACAGUGACUGACAGGAGGAGGAAAUAUUCUAGAAAGGGAGGUGCCCAGAAGUAGGAGGGGUGAGUCUUCUUUCACUUUUCCUACCACCUCAGAGCACACUGGACUGCACAGCUGGAGAGGCCCAAGAUAGCCAUGGCUCCAAAACGAAAGUCUUCAGUGCAGACUGAGGCAUCCAAGAAGAGGUUGAAACAGGAGACAGGAGAGGAGGACAGCUUCCGUGCCACUGCCCAGGCUCUCAGAGCAGCUCCUGCAGAUAAGCGCAUCAUCCAGGUGGAUCCCAAAUGUCCACUCAGCCGUAACCCCGGAAUCCAGGUCCACGAAGAAUAUAACUGUACCCUGAACCAGACCAACAUUGGCAACAACAAUAAUAAGUUCUACAUCAUCCAGCUGCUGGAGGAGGGAGGCCACUUCUUCUGCUGGAAUCGCUGGGGCCGGGUGGGAGAGGUGGGCCAGAGCAAGAUGAAUGACUUCGCCAGCCUGGAAGAUGCAAAGAAGGACUUUAUGAAGAAAUUCUGGGAGAAGACUAAGAACAAAUGGGAGGAGCGAGACCACUUUGUGGCCCAUCCCAACAAGUACACACUUAUAGAGACGCAGGGAGAAGCCGAGACCCAAGAGGCUGUAGUGAUGGUGGAUGGAGGUCCCAUGAGGACUGUGGUUAAGCCCUGCUCCCUAGACCCCGUCACUCAGAAGCUUAUCACCAACAUCUUCAGCGAAGAGAUGUUCAAGGACGCAAUGAGGCUCAUGGACCUGGAUGUGAAGAAGAUGCCCCUGGGAAAGUUGAGCAAGCAGCAGAUUGCACGGGGCUUUGAGGCCCUGGAAGCUCUAGAGGAGGCCAUAACACACCCCACAGGUGGUAGCCAGAGCCUAGAGGAACUGUCCUCCCACUUCUACACUGUCAUCCCACACAACUUCGGCCGCAGCCGGCCUCCGCCCAUCAACUCCCCUGAGAUUCUUCAGGCCAAGAAGGACAUGCUGCUGGUGCUAGCAGACAUCGAGCUGGCCCAGACCUUGCAGGCAGCCCCUGAGAAGGAUGAAAAAGCAGAAGAGGAGCCACACCAACUGGACCGCUACUAUCAGCUCCUCAGGUGUCAGCUUCAUCUGCUGGACUCUGGGGCCCCCGAGUACAAGGCAAUACAGACCUAUCUGGAACAGACCGGCAACAGCUACAGAUGCCCAGCUCUGCAGCAUGUUUGGAAAGUAAACAGAGAAGGGGAGAGAGACAGGUUCCUGGCCCACUCCAAAGUGUACAAUCGGAGGCUGCUGUGGCAUGGCACCAAUGUGGCUGUGGUGGCAGCUAUCCUCACCAGUGGGCUCCGAAUCAUGCCACACUCAGGUGGUCGUGUUGGCAAGGGUAUCUAUUUUGCCUCGGAGAACAGCAAGUCAGCUAGUUAUGUUACUCCCAUGUCCUGUGAGGGCCACCAGGUGGGCUACAUGUUCCUGAGCGAGGUGGCCCUCGGCAAAGAGCACCGCAUCACCACGGAUGAUCCCAGCUUGAAGAGUCCACCCCCUGGCUUUGACAGUGUCAUCGCCCAGGGCCAGACAGAGCCUGAUCCCAGCCAGGACGUUGAACUAGAGCUGGAUGGGCAGAAGGUGGUGGUGCCUCAAGGACGGCCUGUGCCCUGCCCAUCAUUCACAAGCUCCAACUUCAGCCAGAGCGAGUACCUCAUCUACAAGGAGAGUCAGUGUCGCCUGCGCUACCUGGUGGAGAUCCACCUCUGAGCUGCUGGCCCUUCCCAGGUCCUGCCAGGCGGGGCCACAGUCUUCAUCUCUCCUCUCUGGCUCUCAUAUCACUCACUCCAUUUGCCUUCCAAGAAUAUAAUGCAUGCCAGGCACAGUGAUGCUCACCUACUCAGGAGGAAGAGGCAAGAAAAACACUUUACCAUUGGAUUUUGAGGUUAGCUGGGCUACAGAGGAAGACAUGUCUCAAAGAAAAAAUUAUAGCCAUGAGGAAAAUCCAAAUAAAGUGUUGAAGCAAGCAA